AGGAGCAAAGACCCACCACCAUCACCCAGCUUUGCCUUCUCCUCAUUCCUCGUCUUGGAUCUCUCAUCAUCCCUCUCUUCAAUAAAGAAAAAGGAAAAAAAAACAAAAAAAAAAGCUCUCUCAAAGUUUUAAAAGCUUCUCUCUCUCUCUCAUCCAUGAACAAGAGAGCUUCCACUGCAGCAAUUCUCUCCUGUUUUCUUGCUCUGCUUUUCAUGGCACUCCUCACUUUCGUUCCAAACUCCUCAAAGCCCAAAAAACAAACCUCCAAGCCAAAGCGAAAGCAUCAUAAGAAUCGACCAUCCUCAUGGGACCAAAUCAAGAACUUGCUGAGCUGCAAGCAGAUGGAACAAUCAAAAGUUCACGACCCAUCAAAGACCUCUGCUGGGUAUGCGAAGUUGGGGUCUUGUAGUUCGAUAUGUAGCUUCAGGGACGUGGUUCAUGGCAACACAAGCAGGGUGGUUCACAGAGCCGAUAACUCGCCUGAAAGUAGCUCGCUGGGUCAGGAAACCAGGCUGCUCAGUCGCAAAGCUGUUAAUGGCUCGACUUCCAAUCGGUCUUUGUCGAGCUCUGCAAGAUCCAACGCUAGCGGUGUGACUCACACUUCUUCUUCUUCCAAAGGCAUGCAGCUGAGGAAGCUUUCUGGGUGCUAUGAAUGUCGCACCAUCGUUGACCCCAGCAGGUACACAUCUCCGAGGGCUACACUAUGUGCUUGCUCAGAGUGUGGAGAGGUCUUCCCCACCAUGGAAAGCUUAGAGAUUCAUCAAGCAGUUAGGCAUGCUGUGUCGGAGCUAGGUCCGGAAGAUUCGGGUCGGAACAUAGUGGAAAUAAUAUUCAAGUCAAGUUGGCUCAAGAAAGACAACCCAGUCUGCAAGAUCGAACGGAUAUUAAAAGUCCACAACACCCGACGCACCAUCCAACGGUUUGAAGACUGUCGAGAUGCGGUGAAGAUCCGUGUGAACGCCAACACCAAGAAAAACCCCAGGUGCGCCGCCGAUGGAAACGAGCUGCUACGCUUCCACUCCACGACUCUGUCGUGCACUCUCGGCGCGCGCGGCUCAUCGAGCCUGUGCGGCUUAACGCCAGGUUGCGGAGUGUGUACGGUUAUCAAGCAUGGAUUCUCAGGAAAAGCAUCAGACGGUAAAGGGGUACGCACAACGGCAAGUAGUGGUAGGGCCCACGAUUGCAUCAACGGUGGGGAUGGUCGCAGGGCAAUGCUGGUGUGCCGUGUGAUUGCGGGAAGGGUGAGGCGUAUGGCGGAUGAUGGGGCGGAGGAGGAGGAAAGUGUAUCGGCUGGCUCGUAUGAUUCUGUAGCCGGUUACGCUGGGAUUUACUCAAAUCUCGAGGAGCUAUAUGUUUUUAAUCCGAGGGCUAUCCUUCCAUGUUUCGUAGUGAUCUACAAAGCUCUCCAAUGUAGUGGUUGAAUCCGAAGCAUCUCUUUUUGUAACUUUGUUUUUGUAUGGAAUUAGCUAAACCAAGCUGGCCCAUAUAUCACUGUCUUGUAUAUAUUAAUCUUGUUUUUAUAUGUUGUCACAUGGUUACAUAGUUUUCAUUUGGUGGUCUAGCUCAACUGCUCUAAGUGCAGUCCUUUUGUCUUUUUUUUUAAAAAAAAAAUAUUAAAUUAAAUUGGUGGUGACUAA